AUGGAUCUUGAGCCAGGAACCAUGGAUUCCGUCCGAGCCGGGCCAUUUGGUCAGCUGUUCCGCCCAGACAACUUUGUCUUUGGACAGACAGGAGCCGGCAACAACUGGGCUAAGGGUCAUUACACUGAAGGUGCAGAACUUAUUGACUCGGUGCUCGACGUUGUGCGCAAGGAGGCAGAAGGCUGCGACUGCCUCCAGGGCUUCCAGCUCUGCCACUCUCUAGGGGGUGGCACCGGCGCCGGCAUGGGAACCUUGCUGAUCUCCAAGGUGCGUGAGGAGUACCCUGAUCGUAUCAUGGAGACGUUCUCUGUGAUCCCUUCUCCCAAGGUCUCUGACACGGUGGUCGAGCCGUACAACGCCGUCCUGAGCUUCCACCAGCUCGUGGAGAACUCGGAUGAGUCCUUCUUGCUGGACAACGAAGCUUUGUACGACAUUUGCUUCCGGACGCUGAAGCUUACUACGCCGACCUACGGUGACCUGAACCACUUGGUCUCUGCCGCCAUGAGUGGCGUGACUUGCUGCUUGCGUUUCCCAGGACAGUUGAACUGCGACUUGCGUAAGAUUGCUGUGAACCUGGUGCCCUUCCCGCGUCGACUAGACCGCAGACAGCUUCUGGGUUCUUUUGUUCGGUACAUCUAA